UGAAUUUUGUUUAUUUAAAUUAUUGUUUAACACAAAUUAAAACCCAACUGUAAAUUAUUUUAAUUAAUGUAUUUAACGUACGUUCAGUACACACCAAAAUUUAAACAUGUUUUAUAGAACUUAGUAGUCCAAAACACAUAAUUUUUAUUCUUUGAAUAAAAUGGGUAAAACUAGUAAAGUAGUCAUAUGUGGCAUGAAAGGAGUCGGUAAAACUGCAGUAUUAGAGCAAUUAAUAUACGGAAAUGUGAAUUUGAAGUCAUCUUUUUAUCCAACAAUAGAGGAUAUCUAUGUGGCAAAUAUUGAGACAGAUAGAGGUACGAAAGAACGUGUGUGUUUCUAUGAUACAGCAGGACUUGAGCCACCGCUUACAGGCGAGUUUAAAGGUCCACCACAGUCGCCAACAAUGCAGCUGACAGCCAAUCAAGUACUCCAGAGGCACUACCUGGGCUUUGCUGAAGGUUUUGUAAUGGUAUAUGAUACAACAAAACCUGAGUCUCUCGAUGUACUCAUGUACCUGAAAAAGGAUAUAGACAGGAAUAAAGAUAAGAAAGAGGUAGUAAUGCUCGUAAUCGGUAACCGCACUGGUCCAGAUGACAUCAACAGUCUCGAGAACACCUGCUCAAAAGCGUCCAACUGGUGCGCCAGAGAGAAAGUCCGACAUUUCGAAGUAUCAGCAAUGGACCGUCCCUCACUAUACGAGCCUUUCAUCUUUAUGACAUCGAAGUUGAAUCCAGUGCAGAAUAAAACAGCAUUCCCGCAGCUAAGUACAUUAAGCAAGCUCACUCAAAAAAAUAAUAGGAGUGAUGCUAUGUAACAGUAUAUUUUCAAUCUAUGCCCUUUCUGCUAUCAGCCGUGAAGGUUGACAGCUCUUCUACGGUUUAGAACUGUUGGAUUUAGUUUCAACGACAGUAUACAACUCGUGCUGGCCCGUUCAAGUAUUCCGU